AUUUCACAUUGAGGAGGGGGGGGGAGAAGACUUAGGAAGAAAACACAAAUCCCUGUUUCACCGUCACUUCUGCUUCAUCACUCGGCUUUACACCGCAAAAUGCGCUAAAACAUGCGAUAUUAGCAUAAUGCCAGUGGAGCAGUUUUUAGGAAUGAGGUGAUGACAAAACGCUUUGAUUCAUACACUCCAGGACUUUCUUCAGAACAGCGGCUGGGAUCUUCACACGGAUAGUAAACAGCGUCAAAGCAGAGAUGUUAGGGACACACUGGACACAUUUAGCUACCUAGUUUGGCACUGGAGCUGCACCACGCUGGGGUUUGCACCUCUUCGCCUUUAGGGUCCGAAUGCUCAGCUUUAAGUGAUAAUGCUUUUUACUCUUUCCCCGGCACUUGUUUGUCACUUCCAGAGAGCACUAUCAAUAAUUCAAGGCUCUUUUUUUAAAAAAAUCUGUCGAAGAGGCAAACCUCAAAAUAAAGAUUUUAUUUCAGACUUUUGCAUACCUGCAACAACAAUUCCGCCACCGAGCACACCAGCAGCUGUUCAAUAAGUACUAAACAAGAGUGUAAAGACGAGAGUGCAUUAUUUAACUCAAAACUGACACGUGGAAAAGUUUGAAUAUCCAGCUGCAGUUUAACGUCGUCUGAAAAAACACAGCAACUUGCGUUUGUUGCAUGCACUGAUCACAGUGCGAACAACAUGCUGCACAAUUAUGAGCCUUUAAAAUUGGAAAACAGUUACGAAGACUUGCCCCACUACGGGAUGGACGGGGUGGGCAUCCCGACCACCAUGUACGGAGACCCGCACGGCGCCCGGUCCAUGCAGGCGGUGCAUCUCAACCACGGGCCCCAGCUGCACUCCCACCAGUACCCGCACACCGCCCACACCAACACCAUGCCUCCCAGUAUGGGCUCCUCCGUUAACGACGCUCUCAAGAGAGAUAAAGACGCUAUAUACGGGCACCCCCUGUUCCCCUUGCUUGCACUGAUUUUUGAGAAAUGUGAAUUAGCGACUUGCACCCCCAGAGAGCCCGGGGUGGCAGGAGGAGACGUCUGUUCAUCGGAAUCUUUCAAUGAAGACAUAGCAGUGUUUGCAAAACAGAUUCGGGCAGAAAAGCCUUUAUUUUCAUCGAAUCCAGAAUUGGAUAAUCUGAUGAUUCAAGCCAUUCAAGUUUUACGGUUUCAUCUUCUGGAGCUGGAGAAGGUGCACGAGCUGUGUGAUAAUUUCUGUCACCGGUACAUCAGCUGCUUGAAAGGCAAGAUGCCCAUCGACUUGGUCAUAGACGACAGAGAGGGCGGGUCCAAGUCAGACAGCGAGGAAAUCACAAGAUCAUCGGUGGCCCUUGAUCAGACGUCCUGGAACAGAGACCACGAUGACACGGCGUCCACACGCUCUGGAGGAACGCCGGGGCCAUCCAGCGGUGGACACACAUCACACAGUGGUGACAACAGCAGCGAACAAGGUGAUGGUCUGGACAACAGCGUGGCUUCACCGAGCACAGGGGAUGAUGAUGACCCGGAUAAAGAAAAGAAACGUAACAAGAAGAGAGGGAUCUUCCCUAAGGUGGCCACCAACAUCAUGAGAGCAUGGCUCUUCCAGCACCUAACACAUCCAUACCCGUCAGAAGAACAGAAGAAACAGCUGGCACAAGACACCGGCCUCACCAUCCUACAAGUGAACAACUGGUUCAUUAAUGCCAGGAGGAGAAUAGUCCAGCCCAUGAUCGACCAGUCAAACCGUGCAGUAAGUCAAGGAGCUCCCUACAAUCCAGAUGGCCAGCCGAUGGGGGGCUUCGUCAUGGACGGCCAGCAGCACAUGGGAAUCAGACCACCUGAACUGCAGGGUAAACCAGGGGAUCACCUGUCUCACAGAGGGCUACGGAGCAUGGGAACGGGAAUCCUCGACUUCCUGACAACAACCAAUAGCAACCCCCCUGUCCACCUCCAAGAUCCGGCAACAUUUUUAUUCGACUGAUAUCUGCGACAUGGAAACCUUCCAUGACUGCCUACAAUUCUCGUCUAUGUAUCCAGUGACGGUGAUGCACAGAAGAUCGAACCUCGCCCCACCCAGAUGACCCCCUGUCCCGACAGACCCCUGCUUCUUCUUUGGUGGGCACUUGACUUCGCCCCCUUGCCACUGCCCACUUGGUUCACAUGGAUUCCUCCAUUAAAAGUGAUUGCGAUUGCGAGCAUAGAUGACACACGAGAGACACACUGUGUCCUUUGCCUGUACCUUUGGCGAAUGCAGCACCUGGUGAUAUAUUCUAGACUCUUUGGCAAACAAGAGACUUCCUGUGAAGAGCACUCCACUCUUUGGGAUGACGGAAUUGGACCAAGGAGAAGCCAAUGUCUGUAUCUGACAGGACACUAACAGAGCAAAAGAGGUGCCCUUUAAAAUAUAGUGGAUUGAAACAUGGAAGGAGGGAAAGCAAGAGAAAAGAAAUUAAAAGUAUAACUAUAUCAACCCCUACUUUGGGAUGUGAGUGGAGAAAGAAAAUAUACUGUAUACUGUUGUAAAAUUACGCUGGACUCUCACAAGAACUGGGAAUUUAAGUAUUGUAAAUGCUAUUGUAUUGUUCUGCAUAUUAUGUUGUUUCUAAUAGAUUUUUUAAAAAAAGGAUGUGAACUUUUUUCUCUUUUUUUUCUGAUUUCUUUCCACACUAUGUGUGUGCCGUCUCUCCAUCAAAUUUGACCUCCUGCCCCCUCCCUCCAUUGAAUCACAAUGCAUUUUUAAAAAAAAAAAAACGUGAAUAAACGAACAAUUCGUUCAGUUGUCAUUUCUCGCAGGCCUUUAUUUGGAUGGUGUGAUGGCGAUUCAGAUGUCCUGGUUUUGUUUUGUUUUUUACACACAGCCUAUCCACGUAUGCGGGGUGCAAACAAUUGGUUUCACUGUUGCUGUGUUGUUUUUUUUUUUUUUUACAUUUUCAUAUCAGUUGAUGAUAUCUUCCUCUGCUGGUGCAAAGUUUUUGUUAGUAUAAAAAGCUCUCAGACCAUCUGCGGUCAUAAAACUCUCUUAAAACUCAAUGGAUUAACUCCAAACACAGUGACAUCAAGCUAAACACAGUUUCUAAGAAGCUAACAUUUUGGAUGUACAAGGUUUUUAAUCCAAUUGCCACUGUCCAAUUUUUCUUUUUAUCCAUUUCAUACUCUAUUCACACAAAGACAGACACAUAAUGUAGGUGUCAAUAUGGCUAACAUCAUGACGGGCUAACAAACAUAAUGCAGAGUUUCAGUUAAUGCUCAAAAACAAUCUAAAAAAAAUCACUGUGGAUGGGAAACUACAAGUGUGUGUCCCACAAACAUGUUGUUUCCUGUUUUUCUCCAUCUGUGUCUGUGAUUGAGGGCCUCUGAAAGUCUAUUCCAGUGUCCUAUUGAUGUGUUUUAUGUCACAAGGCUGAGCACUCGCAUGGCCAAUAGAUUCUCUUCCCCUCAGUGUUUGAUGCGGCCUGAUAACAGGGAGAGGAAAGCUAUGGGAAAACACCAUUUAUACCACAGUCCAUUCAUUUUGAUAUAACCAGAUGAUGUAAUGCUGAUCAGACAGGAGAGAAUGUAAAAGUCACUGUUUGUGUGUGUGUGUGUGUGUGUGUGUGUGUGUGUGUGUGUGUGUGUGUGUGUGUGUGUGUGUGUGUGGUGGUAUGCAUGUGAGGGGGAACGUGUGUGUGCAUACAUGCUUGUGUGGGUUAUCAAUGCAUCCAUUAUCCAUUGCUUCAAACAUGUAUUACGCACAUCCUUUGAAGACAAGUCAUGUUUCUUAUGCUUUUACUUUGAAGGGUAUAUAUGUACAUCUGUGUUGUAAAUAAAUACUUUUUGUUCAAAUAACAGAA